AUGUAUGGACUUUUAAAUUUGAUAUUUUUCCCCUUGGUAUUUUUAUAUCAAAUUCUGUACGCAUUCUUCACAUUAUCUGAACUAAUAAAACGUCGUCGUGAUGCUUUGGGGAUGCGUCGGUAUUCGAACUAUGGCAGGUAUCGUAUGAGGCACUUCAAUGAGCUUAAUCAUGAGCUGACGGCACGUCUGAAUAGGUCGCAUGUCCAUGCAAAUGCUUAUUUGAACCAAUUUACCUCGGCAUUGACCGAGAUAUUCGCAAAGAAUGUUGCAUUUAUUGCUGGAGCCAUUGCUGGAGUUUUGGCUAUCUUGUCGGCUUGGGACGAGGACGUUCUACAGGUGGAACAUGUUCUGACUGUGAUCUCAGUUUGUGGUAUCGUCAUGGUAGUAUGCCAUGGCAUAAUGUCAGAUGAGAAUCUCGUUUGGCAACCGGAAGCGCUAAUGACGCAUAUAGCAAGCGAACUACACUACGUGCCAACGGAAUGGAAGGGACAGUUGAAGUGGGUGUUUUUACUGCAGGAAUUGAGCAGUCCUAUUUUGACGCCAUUCAUCCUUCUAUUUUGGAUCCGACCAAAUUGUCGUGAAUUGGUGCGUUUCUUUCACGACAAUACGGUACGUGUAGAUGGGCUUGGUGAUGUGUGCUCGUAUGCGCUAAUGGAUGUUGCAAGGCAUGGAGAUGUGAAAUGGAAUGGCUCUACAUCACAUCCAACUGCUGCCCCGGCAAUGGAUGGAAAAACCGAGCUUUCCAUUCUUCACUUCGCGUCAAACAAUCCCGAAUGGAAGUGUCCGCCAGCCACGGAACAAUUUUUGCAGAGAUUCAGGGCCAAGCUGGAACGUGACGUCAACGCAGCUAUGCAGCCAGCUGCUAUGAAUGACGAACGAAAUUUGCUCCUGGAUUCAAUGCAUUCAAUAAUGCCAUCAAUAAGGGCAUCACCGUACAGGACCAAUGUGACAGGUGAAGGUUACUAUGCGCAUCGCGUAGCCCCAGAUUCAAUUGUUUGUGGUCUUCUUCCUACCCUCUAUCAUACUAAUCCUCAAGGAGCAGAUUCGUUGACGCAUAGCCUUCAGCAAAGUGGUAUCGACUUGGAUUCGGCUGGAGCUGACAUGCGUAUUAAGACGUUAUUCCUUCGAGAAAUGCAUGAAGAGAGCCUACGAAGGAGUAACGCUCCCGUGCCUAGUUAUGGUGCCAGUAUGGCUGGUAUGCAUGCACAAAGUGUCUUUGGUGUGCCCCAACUCAGUCAGAUGGAAGGUAGGGAGAUAUUUCAUUUAAGAUAG